AUGGAUCCAGCGGCGUCGACGUCCUCGCGCGAGGACGGCGACACCUCGGAAUUCCACCAUGCGCAAGAUGACGACUUCACCCUACGCGCGGUGCUCGCAGGGCUGUUAAUAGGCUGCCUGCUCGCCUUCACCAAUCUCUACCUGGGCCUACAGUCGGGCUGGAUCAGCAUCAUGUCGCUGCAAAGCUCGCUGUUGGGCUUUGCGCUGUUCCGCGUGAUUCCCAGACGGAUCAAUCUGGCCGGACGCCGCUUGGUGCUGAUGUCGAGCCCGUUCACGCCGCAGGAGAAUGUGCUCGUGCAGACGACGGCCGCAGCGGUGGGCGUGAUGCCGCUCUCGGCAGGGCUGGUGGGCGUCAUCCCGGCACUCAAGAAGCUCACCUGGGACAAGGACGGCAGUGGACCCAUCGACCUCGACUUUCUGCAGCUGCUCGGAUGGUGCUUUGCGCUGGCGUACUUUGGCGUCUUCUUCGCAUCGCCGCUGCGCGAGCCCAUGAUCGUGCGCGAGAAGCUCACCUUCCCCUCGGGCACGGCUACGGCCCAGCUCAUCGGCGUGCUCCACAACAAGCCUCUGCUCACGCAGCGCGCAAGCACGGCCAGUGGGCUCCGACGCCGUAGCCAUGCCCUGGACGAAGCCGAAGCAGGACAAGAUGACGAGCGCACCGCUCUGCUGAGCUCGCAGCAUCGCCCAGCGAGCUCGGAUCGGGAUCAGAGCGAAGCUGAAGCAAGCGACAGAGACAAUGCUGGUGUCGAUGCGAUCUCUGGGUCCAAAGGAUGGAAGUCGCUCGCCUGGGCCUUUUCGGGGUCGGCCGGCUUCACGGUGCUGUCGUACUACAUCCCCGUGCUGUACGCCAUGCCGCUGUUCGACUUUUUGCCGCCGCACAACCUGGCUGCCAUGUGGGGGUUCUGGUUCACGCCCUCGCUCAACUACAUCGGGCAAGGCAUCAUCAUGGGCCUGCCGACGACAAUAAGCAUGACGGCGGGCGCAUUGGUGGGCUGGGCAGUGCUGAGUCCGUUGGCGUACUACCAGGGCUGGGCACCGGGCCACCCGCUGGAUUCAGAGACGGGAAGCAAGGGAUGGAUCCUGUGGAUCAGCCUGGCCAUCAUGUGCUCGGAGAGCAUCGUAGGGUUGGCGGCAUUAGUCGCGAGCAAUGGCCUGCGCGAUCUCAAGAGCUGGACAGCACGGAAGGACGAUCGUGCGGGUGUCCGCGACCAAGGAGACGAGGACGUGGACCACGAGCCUGCGCACCGGCAGACACCGACGUCGUGGGUGGUGGUUGGGCUGAUCGGAUCCACAGUGGUCGCCGUCGUGCUGAUCUACGUCGCCUUUGGUGCCGAGGGCAUUUCGCCGUGGGCGACAUUGUUAGGCAUCGCCAUGGCGUCGCUGUUCGCCAUCUUGGGGAUCCGCGCGCUGGGCGAGACGGACCUGAAUCCGGUGUCUGGGAUCGGCAAGAUCUCGCAGCUCAUCUUUGCUCUGGUGCAGCCGGGCAACGUGGUGGCCAACCUGAUCGCGGGCGGCAUCUCGGAAGCUGGAGCGAUGCAGGCGGGAGAUCUGAUGCAAGACUACAAGACGGGCCAUCUGGUGGGCGCCUCGCCGCGUUCGCAGUUCAAGGGACAGCUAAUCGGCAGCACGCUAGGCAUCGUGAUCAGCAGCUUUGCGUACAAGCUCUACACGAACGCCUACGAGAUCCCUGGGCCGCAGUUCCCGGCACCGACGGCAGCGGUGUGGCUCAACCUGGCGAGGCUGGUCAAUCGAGGUCACCUUCCGGACAAGGUCAAGCUGUUCAUGAUCGUGUUCGGUGCCGUCUUUGCCGUGUCGGGCCUGAUCAAGACGCUGGCGCGGACCAAGGCGCUGCACGACCAAGGCACGGUGGGUGACAGCACGGCUGGCAAGAUCGCCCGAAUGGUGCCGAGCGGAAUCGCGUUUGCGGUGGGCAUGCUCAACACGCCCAACUUUUCGUUGGCGCGACUGGUGGGCGGCUUGAUCGCGCACUGGUAUUACGCCCGCAACCGUCAGCGGGUAGGUGCGGCCAAGACGCCUGCGGCGCUGGCGGGGAUCGGCAUCAUCAUCGUGGCGAGUGGGUUCGUGCUGGGCGAGGGUGCUGCGAGCAUUGUGACGCUGCUGCUCAAGCAGAACGGGGCGCAGGCGUGGACGCCGCCCGCUUUCAACACUACCAUACGUGCCGCCAUCACACGCACGCCUCUGGCCGGCAAGCUGGACCCAUUACGACAUGCAUCUACUGGCAUCUUUGUCCUCCGGCGCCGCUACUUCUCGAUCACUCCCUUGGCAUUCCGGUUCUUUGGGCCCGUACGCGCUCGAUUGAGGAUCUUGCAAGAUCAUUCGGUCUCGGGCUUGCACGCCGGGAGUCGGUUGUUCGGGAGCACAAGCUGCUGUGCUGCGGCACCGCCUGUCGAAACCAUGCGCAUCCUCUGUGUGGCUGAGAAGCCCUCGAUCGCCAAGAGCAUCGCCGGAAUCCUUGCAGGCGGUCAUCCGUCCAACCGUCCCGGCAAGGACAAGUUCUGCCGCAACUAUGACUUUCAGUACCGCAUGCCCGGAGUGCAGGGCAUGGUCGACAUGACCGUCACCUCGGUGCGCGGCCAUCUCACCAAUGCAGACUUUGGACCCGAGUACAAGGCCUGGUACUCGUGCUCGCCCGCCGACCUCUUUACGGCACCCAUCUUGACCAACGUCAGCGAUGAUGCCAAGUCCAUCGGCCUGAAUCUGCGCAACGAGGCGCGCAACGCCGACGCGCUCAUGAUCUGGACCGAUUGCGAUCGCGAGGGAGAGCACAUCGGCAGCGAGAUCGUCGCCGAGGUACGCAAGGUGCGCCGCAACAUCCGCGUCAUGCGCGCGCGCUUCUCGGCCAUCAUCGACUCGCAGAUCCACGCCGCCUGCCAAAACACCGUCGAGCUCGAUUGGCGCGCCGCCGACGCCGUCGAAUCGCGCAUCCAGCUCGACCUGCGCAUCGGUGCCGCCUUCACCCGCAUGCAGACCCUCGCACUCCAAAACCACAUCCCUGCCUUCAACGAGGCGCGCCAGGUGAUCAGCUACGGACCCUGCCAGUUCCCUACGCUUGGAUUCGUCGUCGAUCGGUACAACAAGGUGAUCGAGUUCGUGCCCGAGCCCUUCUGGCUGCUGCAGCUCCACAAGACCCGCAGCAUGUCCGGCGGCGAUCCGGCGCCCGACGAUCCGCCUGAUCAGAUCCGCAAGGUCGUAUUCAACUGGGAUCGCGGCCAUCUCUUCGACAAGCUCGCCGUAGAGAUCCUUCGCGACCUCUGUCGCGCCAGCCCACUGGCGACAGUCGACAAUGUCAACAGCAAGCAGACCAAAAAGUGGAAGCCCUAUCCGCUCACCACGGUCGAGCUGCAAAAGUCGGGCUCGCGUCUGCUGCGCCUCACGCCUAAACGCAUCCUGGACAUCGCCGAAUCGCUGUAUCAAAAGGGCUUCCUCUCAUAUCCACGCACAGAGACGGAUCAGUUCGACAAGGAGUUCGACUUUAACGCGCUCAUCGCCAAACAGACCGCCGACGGCGCCUGGGGUGGCAUUGCGCAGCGCCUGCUCGACGGCGCAUUUGAACGCCCGCGCAACGGCAGGAACAACGACAAGGCGCAUCCGCCCAUCCACCCCACAUCGCACGCCAGCAAUCUCACGGGCGACGACAAGCGUGUCUACGACUAUGUCACGCGGCGCUUCCUCGGCAGUUGCUGGACGGACGCCAUCGGCACCCAGACCACGGUCAACGUGAGUGUGGCGGGCGAGAAGUUCCAUGCGUCUGGUCUGGUGAUUCUGCAGCGCAACUACCUCGAGGUGUUCACGUACGACAAGUGGGACGGCAAUCUGCUGCCUCCGUUUGUGCGCGGCGAGACGUUCACGCCGACGCGGCUCGAGAUGAAGCAGGGCGCCACGACGGCACCCAAGCUGCUCACCGAGGCGGAUCUGGUGAGUCUCAUGGACAAGAAUGGCAUCGGCACCGACGCGACGAUCGCCGAACACAUUGCCAAGGUGAUCGAGCGCCAGUACGUCAUGUCGGUCAAAGAGGGCAAGACGAGCUACCUGGUGCCCUCGACGCUGGGGAUCGGGCUCGUCGAGGGAUACAACCAGCUCAACCUCGAAAAGUCGCUGUGCAAGCCCGUGCUGCGGCGCGAGACCGAGUUCCGCAUGUCGCUCAUCUGUGCCGGCGAGCGCACCAAGGCCGAGACGAUCGCAGAGAGCGUCAACGAGUACCGCGAGGUGUUUGCGCUCACCAACCGCCAGUUUGGCUGCAUCGCAGAGACGGUGCUGUCUUACCUCACCGAUCCGAAUGCCGGGCAGGAGGCGCGCGCGGUCGAGAUCGGAGAGCGCGAUGAAGACGACGAUCUGGCUGCGAUCAACUUGAUCAGUGACAGCGACGGUGAUGGUGACAGCGAUGAUGGCGGUGGGCCUGCGCAAGGUCGGGGAGCGGCGCGAGGGGCUGGCCGUGGACGUGGUGCUGCGAGUCGCGGUGGAAGCACUCGCGGUGGAAGCACUCGGGGCGGACGCGGCGGUGCUGCUGCCGCACGAGCUGCGCCACGACUUGACCGGUCUGGGCCCGACAAUGACGGGGGCUUCAAAGAUGCGCGUCCCGGCAGCGGUGGCAGUGGGACGCCCUCGUGCCUGUGCGGCGAUCCGGCGGUGGAGCGCACGACGAACAAGGCGGGUGCCAACCAGGGCCGGCGCUUCUGCGCGUGCGCCAAGCCCAUGGGCGAUGCUGGCAAGUGCGACUUUUUCGAGUGGGCCGACACAUCCAACACACGCAAUGGCUUCAGCAACGGCUCGGCACCCAAGACGGUUCCUGCGAAACGCCCUGUGCCAGCGGACACGGACGAGUGGUCCAGUAACAUGCGUUCGACCGUGUCUUCGUCUGCGUCUGGAUCGGUGCGACGGUGCGAUUGCGACCUGCAGGCGGUGCGGCGUACGAGCGGCAAGAGCGGCGCGAACCAGGGCCGGUCGUUCUGGACAUGUGGCCGCGAGAGCAUCAAGCUGCGCUGCAAGUUCUUCGAGUGGGACGAUGACGAGCCCUCCACUGCCAGUACACGAGUGGCCAAUGGCACCGGUGGCAGUGGUGGGGGUGGAGGCGGUGCGCCGGGAGCGUGUUAUCGGUGUGGACAGAGCGGACACUGGGCAUCGGACUGUACGAACACCGAACAGCGCACGACAGCCAACGCAUCGGGGCGUGGCUCAGCACCCAAGAGGGGAGGAGCCAAGCGGCGUGGGAGUGCCAAGACGCGAGGCGGCGGCAGCGGCGGUAGAGGCGGCAAGGACGACGGCUGCUUCCGAUGCGGCAAGAAGGGCCACUGGUCAAGCGAGUGUCCCGGCACCUAG